GCGGCCUCCGAUGGCGAUUCAUCGGUUGGCACUCAUGACUGUCAUGAGCUCGUUCCUUCCUAUGAUUGCUGCCGGAGCCAAGCGCAAUGCAAGGCUCGCCUUCGCCCCCUCCUUGGCGCCGAUGCGAAGGAGCUCCUCCUCCAGCUUCACUCCUCUGGCCCUCAGAUCAGCCAUGCUCAAACGACCCUGACUUCAAGUUCAACAUGGAAGAUGUUGUCUCUGUUUGCAAACGCCGUGGGUUUAUCUUCCAAUCUUCCGAGAUUUACAAUGGUUUCAACGGGUUUUACGACUAUGGUCCUUUGGGUGUGGAGCUGAAGCAGAACAUCAAGAAGACGUGGUGGAGGGACAUGGUUCAUCGAAGGGACGACAUGGUGGGUCUUGACAGCUCUAUCAUCGCCUCUCCUUCCAUCUGGAAGUCGUCCGGACACGUCGACGGCUUCUCGGACCCUAUGGUGGACUGCAAGGUCAGCAAGAUGAGGUACAGGGCGGAUCAGCUGUUCUUCGGGAAAGUCGAGACAGAAGAGGGAGAGAUGAUCGGAUGCGUGUCGGUGAUGGAGUCUGGAACGAUGCAGGAGGAGGCAGAGAAGCAGGCGAAGAAGAUGAUGCAGAAGGCUCAGGCAAAGGCCGCGCAUCUUGAAAUUCUGUGCGUGUCCUACAAAGUUGCAAAGAUUGAUCAGAGGAGAGGAGGAGAGGAGCAACCGGCAAUCUUGUUGUGUUGCUUGCUCUCCUGCUGUCUGGUCUGGUGGCAAAAUAUCAGUUCCGCUCAAGGCAUUUUCGUCAACUUCAAGAAUGUGCAGCAGACUGCAAGGACUAAAGUUCCUUUCGGUAUCGCUCAGGUUGGAAAAGCUUUUCGCAAUGAAAUCACUCCUCGCAACUUCAUCUUCCGCUCGCGCGAGUUCGAGCAGAUGGAGAUCGAGUAUUUCAUCCCUCCCGACGAUGACGCCUGGCCCACCUUUCACAAGGAAUGGAUUGACAACUGCUGGAAUUGGCUGCUGUCUAUCGGAGUGAAGGAGGAACUGAUCGACCUUGACGUUCACGCAAAGGAGAAGCUGGCGCACUAUGCUCGUGCAUGUACAGACAUCGCCUUCAAGUUUCCCUUCGGCCGCUCUGAGCUCCUCGGAGUUGCGGCGCGCGGAGACUUCGAUCUCAAGGCACAUGGCCGAGGGGUCUGGGCUCUUCCUGGCUCUCGUCUGCUCAGCAUUCGACGAAGACAUCGUGGGAGGAGAGAAGAGGAGCGUUCUUCGAUUCCACCCUCCAUCGCUCCCAUCAAGUGCGCCGUCUUUCCUCUGGUCAAGAACAAACCUGAGAUCGUCUCCAAGGCGAGAGAAAUUUACGAGAAGCUUCAAAUGCGCUACAACGUUGUCUACGAAACGUCAGGGGCGAUUGGCAGAAGAUACAGGAGAAUGGAUGAGGUUGGAACGCCAUUCUGCGUCACCGUUGACUUCGACAGCUUGGAGGACGAUACCGUCACCAUCCGCGAGCGAGACAGCACGGAGCAACGUCGCAUCAAAAUCAAUGAGCUGUAUGCUUUUCUCUCCAAGGAGGUCGACGGCAUCUGA